UUGAAUUUUAUGUGAUGUUGGUUAAAGUAGAUUAAUAGGAUAUUAAUAUGGUUAAAGUUAAAUUUUGUAUAAUGUUUUUCAAAACAACAAUAAAUAAUGAGCAUUAAAGAAAAAGUAAAUAGUUGUGGUGUUAAAUAACUGAAUUAGUAAAAAAUUGCGGCGAUGACGGGCCGUGGAUUAAUCAGAAGCGAAACGUUGGUAACCUUGAAUAAUAACGAUGAUAGAAGCAUCCAUGCGGACUUUGCGUAUCCUUUAUAUGUAAUAAAAAAUAGACCAUCUAUAUUAAGCAGACGAUCCAGUUUACAAAGCUGGCAACAGCGCCAACGUUACAAAUUAGUGCGAAGGUUGGUGCGAAAAAAUGGAAAAUCCUCUAUACACCAAAAGAGCUCCACUGAGAGAUCUUUUAGGUUUCUUCUGGAUUUAUCCAACACCCUUAUUGAGAGCUCUUGGUUCUUAAUAUUGGGUGUUGUUUCCUUCGUCUUCGUUUUGACAUGGGUCAUGUUUGCUGGAUUUUGGGCCAUAAUCUCUAUAGAGAACGUCGAUGCGUGGAAUGGUACUGCAGAUACAUGCUUAGAAGGUAUUCAUACUUUUUCCGGAUAUCUUCUCUUUAGCAUUGAAACUCAAACCACCAUAGGAUAUGGCGGACGAUACAUUAACGAAUAUUGUCCCGAAGCCAUUAUUGGUUUAUGUAUUCAGUUAGUUAUAGGGGCGGGAGUAUGUGGAAGUCUUGUUUGCAUUGUUUUUCUAAAAAUGGUAGCUCCUUUGAAAAAUAGCUCCAUGGUGUGCUUUAGCAAUAAAGCGGUGAUUUGCCAAAGAGACGGACACCUAUGCCUCAUAUUCCGCAUACGAGAUUACGACUUACGGUACCGAUGCCAUACGAAGAUUGUCGCCUACGUUGCCGAAGAAAAAGGAGGAGAAUUAACCCUGAAGGUACUAAAAGUUAAUCCUCCUGGAAUAUUAAUAUGGCCACUAGACGUAAUUCACAAAAUUGACGAAUCCAGUCCAUUCUGGGACUUGUCGGCGAAAGAUCUUAUAAUGCAACGUUUUUUUAGGUUUGAAAUUAUUGUAGUCCUUGAAGGUGAGUGUCUCUCCACAUCGUUCAUGUCCAGAGCAACUACUUCCUACGUAAACAGAGAAAUAAAAUGGGGUUACAGAUUUGUCCCUUGUACAAAAUGGAACAAGGCAGCCAGUAUGUAUGUAGUAGAUCACAAGAAGUUUAACAAAACUGAAGAAGUGACCACACCUCUAUGUAGUGCGCAAAGAUUAUCCGAAGUAUACGAUGAUAUAGUAACUUCUUUUACUUGUACUGAAAGCAGUUACAGUAACUCGAAAAUUUCUAGUCCGUGUACAAUGAGUCCUUUAACGUCUUUUACUGGUCAGCAUAGUAGAAAAAGACAACAUUUCCAUGACGAAAUAGAAGAGAUGUCAACAUCAGAUGAUGAAGCCGAUAAAGUAGUAGUGUCUGCAGAUAUUCAUUAUAAAACCGUUAAAGUUCCUCGGAAUGACCGGUUCAGUGACGAGUCAUCGUCAUCUUCAGGCGUUGAAGCGGAUGAAUUAACUUUUACGGAUGUAAAUCUGGAACAAGUUGAAAAACGAAGAAAAUCAGAAGGAGGACAAGCCAGAUCGAGACGUUCUAGUAAUACAGAAGCGAGACCACGGACCCUUAGCGGCACUGCAAAAGAUUUAUUUAAUAAAUGGCAUAGAUAUGUUAAGGAUGGAUCUGGUAGAAAUAAAUUGGGCAGAAAUUAUGAGGAAACUGACUUUUAAUAAAAAAAAUUAAAAAAUCA